UUUUGUGUUAAGUAUUUAGUCUUACAUAUUUAGCUGCGAAACCAGGGGAAAUUAUUUGCACACGUUCAUUCAAACCAAGAGACCAAACUGUGCUAGUUCUAAGCAUUGGGAGUACAGUUGACUUCCUGUAAGGCUAAAGUGUGGGCAAAGUGAACGGUACAAAACGUAGGUCACGGUCGCAGCUGCCACUGGGAUUGCUCGAGCUCUGUUUAGUCUGCUGUCGACCACAGACUGAAGAGUGAACCACCAGACUGACACAGGCUAUGUAGCUAAUCAGGUGCUAAGUCCGCUAACUUGCAGUAAAGCAGCAUUGUCUCUUAACACCUGUGGGAGGUGUUAUAAUGGUUGAAACGCAAAGGGUAGCGAAAACGGGAAGGCCAGCAGCAGUCACGGGAGGCAGCAGGUCGUUGUUUGGGAUGUUUUAAUUAGCCAGAUCUUGCUAAUGCGGAAGGCAAAUCCUACAGAGGUAUCAAUGGUUAGCAUAACGCAGGGGGACAUAACAGUCUGUUCAUUGUAAAAGACGAUUAUUUCCGAGAAGAGGAUGUCCAAACGCCUGCGAAACACUGAGCUCUGCGCUGACUGCAGUGUCCCAGAGCCUCGCUGGGCCUCGGUGAACAGAGGCGUAUUGAUUUGUGACGAGUGUUGCAGUGUUCAUCGGAGUCUGGGCAGACACAGCUCCCAAGUCCGCCACCUGACACACACACCAUGGCCGACUACACAGUUACAGAUGGUUCAGACAUUAUACAGCAACGGCGCAAAUUCAAUAUGGGAGCACUCUCUUCUGGACCCUGCGUCUGUGAUGAGUGGGAAACGCAAAGCCAACCCUCAGGACAAACUGCAUCCAAACAAGUCAGAGUUUAUAAGAGCCAAAUAUCAGAUGCUGGCAUUUGUCCAUCGCAUGCCCUGCAGGGAGGAUGACAGCUCCACCGCGAAGGAUUUAAGCAAGCAACUUCACUCGAGCGUACGCACUGGGAACCUCGAGACGUGUUUAAGAUUGCUAUCCCUAGGAGCACAAGCUAAUUUUUUUCACCCUGAAAAAGGAAACACUCCAUUACAUGUAGCAGCAAAGGCAGGACAAGUAUCUCAGGCUGAACUAUUGACUGUUUAUGGGGCAGAUCCUGGAGCCCCGGACAGCAACGGCAAAACUCCCAUUGACUAUGCAAGGGAAGCUGGCCACCAUGACCUGGCAGACAGACUGGUGGAGGUCCAGUAUGAACUGACUGAUAGACUGGCAUUCUAUCUGUGUGGGAGGAAGCCAGAUCAUAAAAGCGGUCAGCACUUCAUUGUUCCACAGAUGGCUGACAGGAACACCAGUUUAGAUUUGUCAGAACUGGCCAAGGCAGCAAAGAAGAAACUGCAGGCUCUAAGUAAUCAUUUAUUCGAGGAGCUGGCCAUGGACGUGUACGAUGAGGUGGACAGACGAGAGACUGAUGCAGUGUGGCUGGCUACACAGAAUCACAGCACCCUGGUGACAGAGACCACUGUGGUGCCUUUCCUUCCGGUAAAUCCAGAAUACUCAUCAACAAGAAACCAGGGGCGACAGAAGCUUGCAAGAUUCAACGCACAUGAAUUUGCAACUCUUGUCAUUGAUAUUCUAAGUGAUGCUAAGCGCAGACAACAAGGGAACAUGAUUUCUAGCCCCAAAGACAAUGUUGAAUUCAUCCUGAAGAGCAUGGCUGUGAGGCGCUGCAGUGACAGUCAAGACAACGACCAGCCGGACUACGAUAGUGUGGCGUCUGAUGAGGAUACAGAUCAAGAGCUCCCCUCCAGUAAAGGAGACAGGACCAAGAGUCUGGACUCUGACCUCUCAGACAGCCCCAUUACCAUGCAGGAGUACUUGGAGGUGAAGAACGCACUCUCAGCCUCUGAAGCAAAGAUCCAGCACCUGAUGAAAGCCAACAAUAACCUGAGCGAUGAGCUGCGGCUAAUGCAGAAAAAGCUGCAAUCUCUGAAAAGCGAGAACACCUCUCUCAGGCGGCAGGUCACUACCAAUAUCUAUCAGGUCCCCAGCGGUUCAGACUACCCCGACCCCUCCAGCCCCUCAGCCCUGAAACGCCGGCAGUCUGCACGGGCCAGUCGGCCUAUGUCUAUGUAUGAGACUGGCUCAGGCCUGAAGCCCUUUCACCCCAAAGGGGAAAAUCCCUACCCUGAGGAGGCCCUCCCCAACCUGCAACCCUUCCCACCUCAUAAGGAAAGGGGCGCUUUUGUGACCACAUCCUCAUCCCUCCCCUCAUUUCCAUCCACCCUGUCCUGGCCGAGGGACGAAAGUGUUCAAAAGGCUCCAAAGUUAGAGAAACAAAGCAGCAUGCCUGAAAGUGACUAUGAUAACACGUUCAAUGACUCUGAAAUGGAGGAUUCAAGUUUGUGCAGGAGAGCGAGGCUAAGGAGCAGUGGCUGGAUGGGAGAGGGCAGCUCCAUCCCCGAGCUGGCGGAUGUAGAGAUGGAGCCUGACCCCACACUGCCGAGCACAGAGGAUGUCAUCCGCAAAACCGAGCAGAUCACUAAGAAUAUCCAAGAGCUGCUGCGAGCAGCUCAGGAGAACAAACAUGACAGCUUCAUACCCUGCUCAGAAAGAAUACAUGUGGCUGUAACAGAAAUGGCUGCUCUCUUUCCUAAGAAGCCACGUUCAGAGACUGUGAGAGGCUCUCUGCGCUUGUUGACCUCGAGUGCUUACCGGCUUCAGAGCGAGUGCAGGAAGGCGUUGCCCUCAGAAGGCUGCCCAGGACCGGACAUGCAGCUGGUCACCCAGCAGGUCAUCCAAUGUGCUUAUGACAUUGCCAAGGCAGCCAAGCAGCUUGUGACCAUCACCACUAAGGAGAAUACACACUAACAGCACUUUGAGGCUGCAAAGCAGUCGGCAUCUCAGUUUUGUUCUUCUCUAAAUAUUUCUAAUGAUUCUGAUGUUUUGUUUUUUUGUAUUUGUGGUAUAUGCAUGCAUGUUUUUUAAUUUAUGAAUGAUUAACACAAAUAUUAAAAGCUGAAUCUGGACAAAAUAUGGGGGGGUAAGGGAAAAGUUCAGCAACUUUACUUAGAGAGUAAAGUUCUGCUGUGCUGCUGAUUUCAAAGCCCAAUAUCUCAUGAGGUAACAUUAUAACUUCCACAAAUAAUGUUACACCUAAAUACAGCAGCUAGCAGGUAUGGGAAGUGUAUAGUUUUCUAGACUACUGUUAAUUAAAGUCGUUUAAAUCUUAAUCAGUGGACAAUGUAAAUAAACACCUUUAUUCAAGAGACGGAGUUAAGCACAGUACGGCAAAUCCACGUGAUAGUUUUGGUUACUGAUUCAGUCCAAAGCCAGACAUGGAUGCUGCAAAGCCAUAACUGACUCACUGAAUGCCAAUACAACAGUCUUAUAGUCAAAGAAUCUUCCUGUCAUUUACAUCAUUGUGCAAGCAUCCUCAUACUGCGAAGUUUAAUCUCCAAAACCAAACUGACCAUUAAUGCCAACUUCUAUUAAAUGUUGGGAACUUAAUCCAUG